AUGAACUCUCUAUCACCCAGACUCUCUCGAGUCGCGCAAUCUGCUGUACAGUCUGUUACCAUGUCACAGAUUUCUCAAAUGCUGGACCAAACUCGAACCUCUCGCGCUUCACAUUCUCUAUUUCCGGUCUGUGGGCCCGCUCCGAUGCAACAUUCAUUGUUUCCAUCGAUCGAUCGCCAUCAGGUUCGAACGCAGCAUACCACACCAACGGCUCGUCAGCGUAUGCCAUACCAACUAGAUCGUGAGAUACAGAAACAAUGUUUCGAUUAUGGUGGCCUCAAAGGUGAAAGUCACCAAAUCAGAAGUUCCUCUGAAGCAAACCUUCUCGUGGGCAUUAUAGGGCGAGUCUUAGGGUUGAUUUCUGAUGAAUCGGAUUCAGAAACCCACGAAAAUGAAGUCCUUCCUUUGCCUGGUUUUCUUGGAAAGAGUGUGGUUGAAGCUGGCAAUGCAGUGGCGACAAACCACGAAGAAGAGAAAGAAAUCAGAGGGACUCGUCGAAACAGAGUCGCCAUAUACAGUACACGCAAGCCAAGUUCAAAGAGGUUUGCAAAGAAGGCUACUUCUCCAACUGUCGGUAAUCGAUAUUGGGUGCCGGGGCUCGAGACAAUGAUGUUUAUUUACCCUAGAGUGUUGUGA